AUGGCAGUAGGUAACAUGAAAAUGUCGGAAAUUCAGGCUACGUUUUAUCCACCUACGUUAAUGCCACCCUUUAUGGAUUGUUAUCCUCCAACAAAAUUGGAUCUCUCCUUGUACGAUAGUGGAAGUAUUGGUUAUUUUCAGAAUUACAGGAACGAAACGCUAUCAAAAUUCUCGAUGCUACCAUAUGAGUGGGGAAUACAAAAAAUUUCAUAUAGUCCAAGACCUGACAUCGUCGCUGAUACAAUGAAGCGUAAAAUUAAUCGUGAGUUAACCGUACUUUCAAAUGAUAUUUCAACAAUUGAUCCCAUACGCAUGAAGGAAGUUGAUGGCCUAUUUAAAACAGUGCAAAUUCAACGUAGUCAAUAUAAAGAUCGAACUGGCAGUUUUCAUCCUUUAGCUUUUUUUAAGCCCGAUUCUUACAUGUAUCAAAAUGCACCAGGAAUGACGGAAUCAUAUGUCUUGAAAUAUCCAACAAGUUAUAUUAAACAUAAAAUUCCCAUAGUUUUGCCAUUGACGUAUGAAAGAAGGAAACAAACACCAUACAUUCCAGAUUUUUCUCUUUCUGGUAUAUAUAAUAAAUCUAGCUGCAUUGCUUAUAAACGAUAA